AUGCCGCACUCACAAAACGAAGGCCCGCUCGUCAAGCGCCAGAAGCGUAAUGCAUCUGUCGCACAACGACAGCCCAAGCAACCGGCGCAUGGCUCUCUCAUCUUUUCACCCUUCCGCACGAUAGGCCUCGUGAAUUCUACUCGAGUACCGUUCACUACAGUUCCUCGUGGUAAAACCACAUUCCAAAUCACAACUUGUGUCGGUCGCUGUCUACAUACAUACGACUUGAAACGCGGCCUCAACCUCCUGUUCGUCACUCGACCACAGACUCCAGAAGAUGUCACAGCGACUUUUGCACAUGGCGAUCAGGUGUAUUCUGCGUGGGGCUCGCCUCGCAAGGGAGCAAAGGUGUCGCAGGGCAUUUGGGUCUUUCAGAGGGGCAGGAAAGUUGCUGAGCUUGAGCUGCCUACCAACUUGAACCAGCCGAUUCAGCAGAUAUUGGUUUUUGGAUCAUGGAUCAUAGGCUGUGCCUCGACCAGGAUUGAAGUCUGGAAAACGGGCACCCUGGAGCACUAUACGACGAUUUACACCAUGGCAGCGGCCAAUGGUGGCAACGAGAUCACUGGCGGUAUCUGCAACAUGCCAACCUAUCUCAAUAAGAUCUUCGUUGGCCGAAAGGAUGGAUGGGUUGAGAUCUGGAACGUCAGCACAGGGAAACUGAUAUACACGAUAUUACCCCCAUCACCAAAAGUUGGAGCUGUGACCUGCAUGGUGCCGACGCCGGCCCUGUCGACUAUGGCGAUUGCGUACUCCUCAGGGCUCCUUGUCAUCCAAAACAUUCUGACUGACAAGCCCGUGCUUGCCGUGAAAGCUGGAACGGAAGAUGCGCCAGUGAGCACCAUUACCUUCCGAACAGACGGCAAAGGAGCGGGCCAGAGCCAGGACAAAGAGGGCGUCAUGGCUACUGCAACUACUGGUAGCGGCGACAUCACUUUCUGGGACCUCAACAACGGCGGGCGGAUCAUGAGUGUUCUCAGAGGUGCUCACAAUCCUCCCUUGAAUGAUGGAAGAACUGUACGCGGUGGUAUUGGCAAGAUUGAAUUCUUGCCUGGCCAACACGUUAUCCUGACAAGCGGCCUGGAUAACUCGCUUAAAUCCUGGAUAUUCGAUGAAGCAGCGGUGUCGCCUGUGCCUCGCGUCCUUCACUCUCGCAGUGGACAUGCCGCUCCUGUCACAUGCCUACAGUUUCUCCCCUCUGACUUUGAUGGUGCCGAAGCAGGAAACAAAUGGCUUCUCAGUGGCGGUUUAGAUCGCAGUCUCUGGGGCUGGAGCUUGCGCAGAGACGGCCAGAGCACAGAACUCAGUCAAGGCUCCAUCCGCAAAAAGGCAAAGAAACAAGGCAUUCUGACGAAUGCUGCCCUGAGCAAUGGGCCGACCACUACCUUGGAUGACCUGAAGGCUCCGGAAAUCACCUGCAUAGCCUCUUCCCUGAACCGAGAUGGAGGAAUUGGCGCACUCCCUGGCAAGCAGCGCAUAUGGGCCAACCAACAAGGCAAAAAUGUUGAUGCCGAAGUCAGCGGAAUGACCGGCUGGGAGAGCGUCGUCACGGCUCAUAGGAAUGACCCCAAGGCAAGAACAUGGUUCUGGGGACGCAAAAAAGCAGGUCGGUGGGCUUUCCCGACUGGUGACGGCUCUUAUGUCUCCACUGUUGCUAUAAGUCCCUGCGGCACAUUUGCCCUCGUGGGUUCCAUGGAGGGCGGUGUCGACAUGUACAACCUUCAGUCUGGCCAACACCGCCAGCGGUUCCCCUCGAAGCUGACCCCCGCCCAGGCCCGACAGCUAAAAGUACAGCAGCUGAGGCAAGCAAACAGUGAGCUUAUGCAGCUCGAACACAAUUCUAGAUCCACCUUUUUGCCUGGGUCCGGACGACAUAAGAAGGCUGUUACAGGCAUUGUCGUCGAUUCCAUGCUGAAGCAUGUCAUAACGUGUUCUCUGGAUGGUACAGUGAAGUUCUGGGACUUUCUCACAGGAACUUUGCUUGACCAGAUAGACUGGGCACCAAUGACAUCUAUCAUUGGCUGCAGGUACCAUUCUGGGAGCGACCUGCUUGCCUUUUCUUGCGACGAUAACUCUAUUCGAGUUGUGGACAUGGAAACCAGGAGGACUAUUCGUGAAUUCUGGGGUUGCCAGUCCACCAUCAACGACUUUUGUUUCUCCCCCGACGGGCGGUGGAUUGUGGCGGCUUCUCAAGACUCGACUCUACGAGUUUGGGAUUUGCCAACAAGUCACCUAAUCGAUGCAGUGCGUCUUGAGCAACCGUGCAAGGCUGUUUCCUUCUCGUCGACUGGCGAAUUCCUCGCCACAGCCACAGAGGGUGAGCUUGGAGUUCAUCUGUGGACCAACAGGACACUCUUCAAACACGUUGCAACCAAACAAAUUUCGGAGAAGGAAAUUGCCAAGAUAUCUGCACCUACAACCUCUGGAGAAGGCGGCUUCGGAAUUGUCGAUGCUGCUUUCGAGGACGACGCUGCAGAAGAUGGCGAUAUUAUUUCUGCUCCAAGCGUGGAUCAGCUGAGCGCAGAUCUAAUGACUUUGAGUUUGGUUCCCAAGAGUAAAUGGCAGACGCUUUUACAUCUUGACCUGAUCAAAAAUCGAAACAAGCCAAAGGAAGCGCCAAAGGUGCCCGAAAAGGCUCCCUUCUUCCUCCCGCCUGUUGGAGAGCAGAAAAGCCUCGAGGCUGUCGCCAAGACGGACAAGACCAGUGAUUCUCAGUCAAGAAUUGCUGGUUUGGAUAUGAGCCGAUCUCAAGAAGCUUUCACAGCCAAGCUACGUGCUGGUGCCGCAUCAGGGAAUUAUGAUGGAUUUAUUGAGCAUCUCAAAUCGCUUUCUCCCUCAACAGCGGACUUGGAAUUGCGAUCACUUUCCAGCGGCGAUGGAGAUUUUGACGAACUGCUCCACUUCAUCAAGGCGCUGACGGCUCGCUUAGUUGCUCGUCGUGAUUACGAGUUAAUGCAAGCUUGGAUGACAGUCUUCCUUCGGCUUCAUUGUGACCAAGUCGUCCUAGACGAUGUACUCAUUGAGGCGCUACGACAAUGGAAGGCACAGGAAGAGAAGGAAAAAGAGAGACUGGACAACCUUGUUGGCUACUGCGGAGGGGUGGUCGGUUUCUUGAGAAGCCCUUUGACCUAA